CUUGUGACAGGGAAUAUUUAAGACUCUGUUGUGUAUUUAUUGAUUGUUGCUUAAUGAACUAUGCUUCUGAGGUCGGGUGUGACGAGUGGUACAAUUUUCACAUGUUAUUUGUUCAUGAUGUGUUGAACGUCAUCCUGUGUGGUUAUGUAUACUCGAGGUUAACAUACAUGUCACGUGAGGAACCUAGUAAUAGAUGAGUCUAUAAAUUGAAUGGAUAUUGGAACUGUAUGGAUCUACUAAGAGAGAAUCGAGCAUAGUAAUUAUCAUGGAGUGGUACAUCUGGAACGGGACAUUCGUGUUUCAGGAAUGGAUUUUCAGCUUUCACGGGAGAAGGUUUUGCGUGGAUUGGUGUCUAUAGCUAACGCAAUCUUUUAGACUUUCAAUGUGAAAUGGAAAUGAAAAUUAUAAUCACACACUACUUAUAUGAUGAUUAUUAAUUUAAUGAUUAAAUAACUUAGUGAUACAUGGAAGGUAAUCCAUGAUUUUGAUAUUUUCUUUUUCAUUAAUUGAAUGGUGGAUUAUCCACAAGUUUUGCCGAGUAAAUGAAACCGUAGUGAAUCUAUAUAUGAAUUAUUGAGAACUAUAAGAGGGAAUUUAUUUUAUUCUUUCUCUUUGAUAUAAUGUAUUCCAGAUCGAUAAUUUCUCAUUGAAAUUUCUAAUAAUUAUGUUACGUGUAUAUAUUGAUUGUUUUCCUGAAAGGACUAUAUAUGUUUAUAAUGAUAAGGGCUAAUUAGUAUUGUUGCCAACCUAUAUUUAGACGUUUUAUAUGAAAUUAAGUGAAUUGAACUUUGAUCGUUCACUUUUAUCCAUUUGAAGUGAUAUUUCUAUAACGAUUAUCUUAAUCAAUAUCUGUGCUGGAUGAGGAAUACAUGUAAUGUAAAGCAAUCUAGUCUACACACAUUAUGUGUACAUAUACUGAUUAUUGUUCCUAAAAGUGGUGCACCUACUUGGAAUAUACAUGAACUUUAGUUUAUAAUUAAUUCAGUUAUUUUAAUACAACAUAUAUUUUGAAUUGGAAUCAAGGUUCCUCACUUAUUAGCAUGGCGAAAGCUGUGAAUGUCGUUGCUAUUACUACUUUGCAAUGAUGAUAUAUAAUUACAUAUGCAUAUUAUUGCUUUGAGAUGGAAUUUAUUUAUGAAUUGAACUUCGUUUAUAUAUUUUAUAUUGACUAAUGUUUUGAAAGACCCAUAUUAAAUGAUGCGGACGUAAUUACUUAACGAAUUAUUCUGAAUUAAACUUGUUUAUCUCUGAUGAGGAAUAUAUGGAACAUUUAUUAUGUAUAUGAUGUCACACAUGUUGAAAGUGAUAUAUAUAUAGAUCAAUUAAUUAGAGGAAGAAAUAUUCUGAAUGUAAUAUUACGCUGAAUGUGCGAAGUUGUCUUGAUUGGAUGUUCAUUUUAUGUUAAGUAGUACUGUUGCGUAAGGUCAUAUGAUUAAUUUAUGUUGAAUAAUUAAUAUAUAUACUGAUUAAGUAUAAUUAGUGUCUGACGUAAUAAUAUCUGGAACUUAAGUGAAAUAAGUGAUAUUAAUAGCAAUUGUUAUACUUACCUGUUGUUAUUGACUUGAGAAUAGAUAUCAAGGAAAUGGAUGGACUUCGAUAUGGCAAGAUGAUACACGAUGUAUAUAAUUACGUAUAUUUGACGUGAUAUUUAUAUAUGUUUGUGAUAACAACUGCAACGGAUCAUAACUCUUCUGAAUCUACAUAUAGGGUUCGUAUAGUUAAAAUUGGACUAUUAAGUUAAUUGACAAUAAAUAAUAAAUGAACAUGUUUGUGUGAUGUCUGGGGAAGAAAUUCUUUAUCCUGCCUGUCUUGUUGUCUGCAUUUUGGUCUGCAUACAUCUAAAAUAUGUAAUUAAUAAUUAUACUAAUGGAAGGUUUAUAUAAAGAUUAAUAGAUUAUUUUAUAUUGAUACUUAUAUGCCUGUGCAUAGUAAUCUUAUGUUGGCCAUGAAGCACCGAAGUAAUCUGAAACAUAAUUCAAUUUGAUAUGAUUAUAAUCAUCUUAAACUAGGACAAAUUAUGGAAUUAAUAGCAUUUUGAUUAAGGACAAUAAUGAUGCUGUGUUUCUUGGACAAUAAGAAAUGCUAGUUAAGUGAAGCAAUUGCUUAGGAAUAUUGACUGUGCUGUAUAAGAACUAAAUAAGAAAGAACUUACAUGAACUUUAUAUUGUUUUAAUAACAUAUAUAGUGGCCUAUAGCUACAAGGUUUUGUUUUUCUUUAGAAUUAUGAAGUUAAUGAUCUGAACUUAUUAUUGAAUAUUAAAUAUACCUAAAUUUGAUUGGAAUUAGCUAAAUUGAAUAUAUUAAGUGAAUUUUGUGAUAUACUGAAAUAUUAGAUAUUGAACUUUGUCUGUUGUAAUCAUUCUUGAGGUAAUUAAUUACUUUAUAUAGUGAAUAUAAUAAGGCGGAAUGGAUACUGUUUUCGAUUCUAUUGUCAAGAAUAGAGUGGGACGUUUUCGGAAAUAGUGGAAUAUUAAUAUACACAGUCUCACCAAGAGAAGGAAAACUCUUGUCAAUAAAACCAAGGCAAACUAUAUAUGGACAUGGACAAGGAAAAGGAAUUAACCGUCUCAGCUUCGGAUACUGAGAACCGGCACGUGGGGGGUAUCGUCCCUGCCCCCCACGGGUCGUCAUCCUGCGAAGGGCUGACCUCCCUGUCCGCGGCGAGCGGGGGGUGUCGACCUGCUAUCGCCAGCGUCGAACUUUUGGGCACAUCGAUCACCGUUUUACCGGUGAAACAUAAGCCCAAGGACAUUUCUCUGAGUGAUAGUGAAGCUGGUCCCUCUGGAGUGUAUGGAGAUGUCAUGGUCAUUUCGGAUGAUGAGGAUGGUUUUAAUCCGUCCUCUGUAUGCAGAACGGAAUAUUCUGAGGAGGAACUUAAUCUUUCAGGUAGAUCUUCUGGCUCCCUGAAACAAAAAAGUAAAGGUAAAGCUAAGUCUGUCUCUGCCACUUCUGGCAGAAAAAGGAAGAAGAGAGACUCUCCCCUUAAUGAUGACGAAGAGACAGAGGAGGAUAAAUAUGCUGUCCACUUUUCCGUUGAUAACAGACGGAAGAUUGAUGAAGAGAUGGCCGGUUUGGUUUUGGAACACGCUCCACAGCUCAACCUAAAAAUUCAUGAGAUGACUGAAAAAAUAGACUCCAUUAGGGUAAGAUCCUCUGGAAUUAAGGGUACUUUCAGUGGACAGAUAAAGGUUCUACUGGAAGUUAUCCGGAAAACGAGCGAUCUUCUGUCGCAAAAAGCCACCUCAAAUGAGGAUCCCGAAUACUGGAGGGCUAAGUACUAUGCCAUGGAAAAAUCGGCGAGUGACAGCAAGCGAAAAUUAGAUGUACUAGAUGUUGAAUUGAAGAACCUAAAAAAAAGAGAAUUGAUUAAGGACACAUAUAACUUUGAUAUAAACAAUAGCGACGUACCUGUGGAAACGGAUGGUUAUUCUGAAAUUGAGGGCCUGGUUAUGACUCCCUCCAUCAAAGAAAAGCUGCGUAGUUCUACGAAAAUGAGUACAAGUGCUUAUAAAGAUAGAGAAGUGAUCUUGGCUAAGGGAAAGCCCCGUCCUGACGAGUGUGAUUUGCGUGGUGCUUCUGAGAGUCGAGUCGAGCUCGACUUAGCUAUUAUACGCUCCCUGGAUAGACUAGGGGACGGUAUGGCGCAACUCAUUCGAGAGACGAGGCUCUUGAGGGAGGAUUUGAACUCUGGUGGAUCUAGGGCGGACGACUUCCGAUAUCCUGGUCCCUCCUCUGGUAUACCUACAAAAAAGAAAGAUAAAGUCUCUAAUUUGAAGAGGAAAGUGCCGCGCACCUCUGCAAUUUCCAUUUUUAUUGAGGAUCCUGAUAUUACUUACGCUGAGGUGAUUGGAUUGGCUCGAGAAAAGAUCUCCUUGUCCGAUCUAAAUAUUAGUGACACGAAGAUCAAAAGAUCAAUUACCGGUGGUGUCAUUAUUGAAAUUCCUGGAGAAAAUUCAGAUCUAAAAGCCGACCUUCUACUUAAUAGUUUACAUUGUUUAUUUAAAGACAGACGUGGAGUUAAAUUUCGAAAGCCAAUUAAAACCUCACAAAUUAAAUUAUUGGGUCUAGAUGACUCUAUAACGUUAAUAGAAAUUAGUAAAAUCCUCGCGGAGAUAGGUGCUUGUUCACCUAGCAGUAUCUCCUGCAGCCCGAUACGAUUUGUUCGUGGGGGCUUGGGUGUGUCGUACGCGAGAUGCCCAAUUUCUGCCUCGGUGCGUAUCCUGGAGGCGGCAAGGAUCAGUAUUGGGUGGACGACCGUUAGAGUGGAGCCGGUCGACCCCAAGCCUCUGCAGUGCUUCAGAUGCCUUGCGGCAGCCCAGGAUAACCUGAGCCAUCUGAUGCACGAGUAUAACGCGGGGGUGGCUAUCUUGUCGGAGCCACACUCAAUACCAGUGGGGGAUGACAGGUGGGUGCAAUCUGACGAUGAUCCUCCCUUAUCCGCAAUUUUGUGGCGUAACGUUUCCGGCUGCUUCCUUCCUAUCAGGCCGUUGGAGCAAAAUAUCGUGAACGCUCUUUUCCCGGAUGAUACUGAAGAACAUGUAUCCAUUAAUCCUCUUUCUGAUUUUGUUUGGCUUGAAGACUUUGAGGUUAGCUCGGCGGAACUCUCGCGAGCCUUUAGGAAAUUCCGUGGUAACAGGAGGGCUCCAGGACCGGACGGAGUCCUUGGUGGCAUUAUAGCGGGUGGUGCGGGACACUUCAUGGAGGUCUGGAGAGCCUGUUUUACCGCGUGUCUUAAAGAGGGCGUCUUUCCUACAGCUUGGAAGACAGCUAAACUAGUUCUAAUUAGAAAAAAAGAUGGAAACCCAGAAGAUCCGGGAAUUUACAGACCAAUCUGCCUUUUGGAUGAGUCUUCCAAGCUGUAUGAAAGAAUUAUCGUCUCUCGAUUGUGCGAUCACUUAAGUGCGACUGGUUUCCUCUCUGAUAACCAAUAUGGCUUCAGGGAGGGCCGGUCGACUAUUGAUGCUAUCCUCGAAUUAAAACGCCUGGUUUGUGAGGGUACGAGUGCAAACAAGGUUGUUAUUGCGGUGUCGUUUGAUAUCAAGAAUGCGUUCAAUUCACUACCGUGGAGAGUGAUUCGCUCGGCUAUGGCCUCCAUGGAGUUCCCUAGCUAUCUUUGCAGGGUUAUCUCGGAUUACCUGUUAAAUAGAAGUCUGGUCUAUGUUGACUCUGAGGGCAUUGUUCGGAAGCGAGGUGUGUACCGCGGUGUUCCGCAGGGCUCGGUCUUGGGACCAACCCUGUGGAACAUCGGAUAUAAUAGUGUUCUCGGUCUGGCUCUUCCGUCGGGCUGUAAUAUGAUUGGUUACGCGGAUGAUACCAUUCUGGUCGUCUCUGGUAAGAGUAUCGGGGAUGCGUCUCACCGUUCGAUGGUCGCUUCCGCUCUUGUGGCGCGUAGAUUGGCGUUCCUCUAUCAUAGAACUAGACGUGCGAUUGAGAGUGGUGAGGAAAUCCCUCCUGGUGCCAGAAUAAAGUGGCACCAGGAGGCGAUGGAACGGGCGCUGCGGGACUGGAGGGCCACGGGUGUUUUAAUGAGUUUCUGCACAGAAUUCGGAAAGCUGAUUCGGCUAUAUGUUUUCAUUGUUUUGAUGCUGUUGAUACCGCUCAACACACCCUUCAGUUUUGUAGCGCUUGGGCCGCUGAUAGAGAUGCACUAA